AUUGCUUCCGCCUCACGUGACCUCCAAUCUUCCUGACGCGGACAGCGGGGUGGUGGAUGUUUCCCACGUUUUCGGCACAACAUUCCAUUUUUGCGAGGAUUUUAGGGGGCAGAUCCCGUGUUUAAAUUUUCGGAGACCAAGAUGCAGUAUGAUGAUAGUGAAGAUUACAUGACGCAGGAGGAGGCGUGGGACUAUGAAGGACUCCUCGAUCCGGCUUGGGAGUUGCAGCAACUGAAGACCUUCACUGCUUGGUGCAACUCCCAUCUCCGCAAAGUUGAUGUACAAAUUGAGAGCAUCGACACAGAUUUUAGAACAGGGCUCAAACUCAUGCUUCUCUUGGAGGUCAUUUCGGGUGAAAACCUGCCCAAGCCAGACAAGGGCAAAAUGCGUUUUCACAAGAUUGCCAACGUUAACAAAGCACUGAAUUUUAUCGAAAGCAAAGGAGUAAAACUGGUAUCAAUAGGUGCUGAAGAAAUUGUCGACGGAAAUUUAAAAAUGACAUUAGGAAUGAUCUGGACCAUUAUUUUGAGAUUCGCUAUUCAAGAUAUUUCAGUAGAAGAACUAACGGCAAAAGAAGGUUUACUCUUGUGGUGCCAGAGGAAGACCGCCCCGUACAAAAAUGUCAACGUCCAGAACUUCCACCUCAGUUUUAAGGACGGCUUGGCAUUCUGUGCCCUUAUUCAUAGACACAGGCCUGAUCUUAUUGAUUAUAACAAACUGUCUAAGGACAACCCCAUGGAGAACCUCAAUACGGCCUUCGAUGUAGCAGAGAAGCACUUGGAUAUUCCCCGAAUGUUGGACCCUGAAGACUUGAUUGAAACCGCCAAGCCGGACGAGCGAUCAGUUAUGACCUAUGUGUCCGCUUAUUACCAUGCUUUCUCGGGAGCUCAGAAGGCUGAAACUGCAGCUAACCGAAUUUGUAAAGUGUUGAAGGUCAACCAGGAGAAUGAGAAGUUGAUGGAACAUUACGAGAGACUUGCCAGCGAUCUUCUGGAGUGGAUCCGCCAAACAACUCCUUGGUUAGAAAAUAGAAAAACUGACAACACCUUACCUGGCACAAGACACAAGCUUGAUGAGUUCCGUGACUACAGACGAAAACACAAGCCCCCAAAGCUAGAGGACAAAGCCCGCCUUGAAACCACAUUCAACACUCUGCAGACAAGGCUCAGGCUGAGUAACAGACCUGCAUAUAUGCCGACAGAAGGAAAGAUGGUCUCGGACAUUGCUAAUGCCUGGAAGGGCCUAGAGCAUGCAGAAAAAGGUUUUGAAGAGUGGCUGCUAUUAGAACUUCAACGAUUGGAACGACUCGAUCACUUGGCCCAAAAAUUCAGGCACAAGUGUGAAAUCCACGAAGAGUGGGCCAUCGGCAAGGAAGAUAUGCUGGAAAGUAAAGACUUCAAGCGGUGCAGACUUCACGAACUCAAAGCUAUCAAGAAGAAGCAUGAAGCAUUUGAGAGUGAUCUUGCUGCCCAUCAAGAGAGGGUGGAACAGAUUGUUGCUAUUGCACAAGAACUCAAUGCGUUAAGUUACCACGACUGUGUGAAUGUGAAUGCACGAUGCCAGGCUAUCUGUGAUCAGUGGGACAAGCUAGGAACACUAACGCACAGCAGGCGCAUUGCACUCGAAGAAGCAGAAGAAAUAUUGGAUAAGAUUGACCGAUUGCACUUGGACUUCGCUAAGCGAGCCGCUCCGUUCAGCAAUUGGUUAGAUGGUGCAAAGGAAGAUUUACAGGAUAUGUUUAUUGUUCACAGUGUGGAGGAAAUUGAAGCCCUUGACGUUGCUCACCAGCAGUUCAGACUGACACUAGGAGAGGCAGAGAAGGAGUACAUGUGUAUUGAAGGUCUUAUCAAGGAGGUGGUCAGGAUAGCGCAGACACACGGCCUCGACAAACACGUCUUGGAAAAUCCUUAUACCAACUUGGCAGCACAGCCACUUUGUAACGGCGAUGAUGAUUCAUACACAGAUAUCACUUCCAAAUGGAACGACGUCAGCCACCUGGUACCCGCUCGUGACGAGACGCUCCGACUUGAAAAGGUCCGACAACAGAACAAUGAACGUCUUCGCCGUGAAUUUGCCCAGAAGGCUAACACAGUCGGCCCGUGGAUUGAACACCGCAAUGACAUUGUUGGAUCUAUUGGCGUACAGCAAGGAACCUUGGAAUCAAAAUUACAGAAAUUGGGCGGACACGAACAGGAGCUUGCUCAGUUUGCUCGUAAUAUGGAAGAUCUGGAGAAAAUUAACCAGGAAGUACAAGAGGCGAUGAUCUUUGAAAAUAGACACACACCUUACACCAUGGAGACGCUCCGGGUAGGCUGGGAGCAGCUGGUCACAUCCAUUGCCCGAGCAAUCAACGAAGUCGAAAACCAGAUACUGACACGAGACUCAAAGGGCAUUAGCGAGGAACAAUUGACCGAGUUCCGCCGAUCCUUCUUCUACUUUGACAAGAAUCACACGCAACGCCUCGAAGCCAAGGAAUUCAGGGCUUGUUUGAUGAGUUUAGGUUACAACAUCAGGGAAGACAGACAGGGCGAGCUUGACUUCCAGCGAAUCAUGACAACUGUAGAUCCAAACCACACUGGAUAUGUAACAUUUGAUGCUUUCUUGGACUUCAUGACACGCGAGACAACAGACACCGACACGGCAGAACAGAUCAUGCAGUCAUUCAGAAUUUUGGCUGGAGAUCAGCCCUUCAUCACUGCUGAAAUUUUGCGCCGAGAGCUGCCGCCAGACCAGGCUGAAUAUUGUAUCAUGAGAAUGACAUCAUACAGUGGUCCAGAUGCUGUACCUGGGGCUCUUGAUUAUAGAUCUUUCUCAACGGCACUUUAUGGCGAGAGCGACCUGUAGACAGCGCUACUAUAGGCGCGUUGUGAUUGACUUUGUGCAGCAUGAGAAAGUCUUGUCAACAGGAAGUAUCGUUCGGAACUGCUUGUGUUGAUAGUCCAAUGAUGGGGGUGUUAGCGUUGAACCGUAUACUAGAACUUGCUCUGUAUGUUACCCGUUCAUCCAUCCAUAAUAAUCUGAUCUUUUUCACCUCUGCGUGUUUGAUACGCCGUAGAAUGUAGAAUGCCAAACAAUGGGUUUGGCAGCGAGUUGAAUCCAAGAUGGUGUGUGCCUUAAAUUGUGCUGUUCUUUCAAGAUUAGGGGUUCAAUCAACAUAAUCAAAAUGAAGUUUUACAUGCAGUUUUGUAAAGUCUGUAUGUGGUCCGAGGCAACAGUUUCUGUAAAGUUGGUGAUGGAAAGUGUAUUUCCGUGCCUCUUCAGUGAACCAGUUUGCCUCUUAGUUUUGGAAUGGAGUCCUGACGUAGAGUUGUGAACUUCGAAUCUUGAAAGUCUGACAAAAGUAGCAUUGAUGUCUUUUGACUGUAGGAUUAGCUCUGGCGAUUGACAUGAAAACUCAUCAUUUGGAUGACAACCAGUGUCGCAAUGUAUUUGCCUGCUUUUGUUCGCUGCGUGUUCGUCCAUCCCUAGUCUCAGAGUGAACCUCAGCAGUUUGGUUUAGCGCUAAGUCAAUUAGACCAUCAUUAUGCAGUAAACUUACUUUACAUUCAGCAGUGUGAUAUUCAGCAUGAAACCUGUGUACUGUUAACCCUUUGAGGUACCUUUUUUACCAUUUUCAUUCAAGUUAGUUGAAGGGACUCUCACACGUUAGAUGUCAUUCUCAGAAAUAGUUCCUGUGGGUAACCGUUUUAGGAUGCCCUAUUUUUUUCACACUUUUGUACAAAAAUAGAACUGUGAGGUAUAUUCAUUGAAUAUCUGUAUCGAAACGAAUGUGGGACUUGAAUCCAUCGGAUAUAGGCAGACACUUUUGGGAGUUUCCAAAAAUGUCGGAGUUUUUGAAAUCCAUGCCUGGAUACUGCUGGUGCUCGAGUGAUCUUUCUUACUGAUAAAAGCAGUUUGUGUCAAGCUAGGUUUGCAGGUUCUGUCAGACAUUGGAGUGUACUGCGCUGUGUGUAAUGGCUGCACGCAGUCUACCAAGUCGGUUUGAAAUGAUUAUGAAACCUCAGGAUCUCUGCCGCCCAGUCGAGCAGUAUGAUGUUAGAAUCUUGCAUCUUUUAUUGCUUUGUUAAUAUGACAAGUUGAUGAAUCAAAGAGUUUUAAUUUUGUUUUAUCUGUGGGCAUGUUUAGUUGUGACCUCAACAAUGUUAACCCAACUGUCAAACGAAGGCGUAUGUGAUGUGAUUGGUCAUUUUACGAAUUCAAUCAUUUGUGGAUGAUUGAAUUUCCAAAUCAAAAUCAAACUUUCCCAUUUUAAGAAUUGGUGUGCAGUCGGUAACGAUUUUACCCCAAACUGCUGCAAGUUUCUUUCACAAGAACCAGUUUUAAACCUUUUUAAAAUGGCAUUGAACAUGUGCCCAAUGUUUGAAACAGUUUUAAGGUCUGUGCUUGAUUUCACGAAUAGUGUUAUAACCAUUGCUGACAAUGCAAGCCUGGUGACCUUCAUUAUUUUUCCAUUUGUCCAUAUUCAAGCUCACACAACUCUAACUGGCUUCAUUAACAUUAGCUUCAAUUUGUCUAUAUGCUGAAGUAAAGGCAUACUAUGUAGUGAGUACAAUGUAAUUAGAUGUACACUUUGUAAAUUCUGAAUGUAGUGAUGUUUUUAUACAUCUUGUUCUUAGACAACUACUGUAUUUUCUGUUAGAUGGUCAAGUUAAGGUAUCCAAGUUGACUGCCUUUGAAUCUACAUUUCAAGUGCAUAACAAUGAUUUAAAGGCCACAAAUGAAUGAGUAGCCUGUGUUGAUACUUGUUGAAUUUUAGAAUAGAUCUAAAUGAGAUAAUGUAUUUUUAAUAGUUGUAUAGAUGCCCAGAUUCAGGCGGAAAUAGGAUGCGUUAAAUUCUCCAUUGUGUAAGAAACAGUUAUCCUGUAGAAACUAAUUUCAUGUUUGUAAACUUGUUUGUAAACAGAGUCCUAAUAGCAUGGUUAUCUCGGGAGUUUGGUGCUGGUCUGUACUCUAGAAUUAGGUGAUUCUAACUCCAUCAGUUCAUUUGGUAAUAACAUCAGUUUAUAUGUGCAGUCAUUGUGAAUCAUCCAGCUAAUAAGCGAUUUUCUGAAAAGUUAGAAAUAUUUGUGUACGGUACCAGAAUUUUAUAAGAUAUUUGAUAGGAGAAUCUUCCUUUGCAAUUAAUUAUUUAAGGCAUAAAACUAUGAUAAUUGAACAUACCGGGUAAAUACCAGCAGGAAAUAUUGUGAUCCUGUCCACCAUAUUCAACGAAAAUAAAUUACGAUGACAAUUUUAAUGAAUAACUUAUUGAAAACUACAAAAUUAUUGAAUUUGUUUAUAUUGUAUUGGGACUUACUUGGGGUGGCACUGUUUUGAACCGGUCUCCUUUGCAUCUGAAGUAGUCUCUAUCCUGGAUGGAUGCUGAAGAACAAGAAGUCUGUGCUGCAAUUGGUUGCAUUGAAGUUAGGUUCUGUGCUUCAUACUUAACGCCACAAAAUCUUGCUUCGAUGAAGGUUUUUGUUGAAGUAGAAGUAUUUUUGGAUGAGACCUCUUGCUACACAGUCGAGGUGUAUUGUUGUUGACUGAUGGCAGAGUUCAUUCUUCCGCAUGAUGUACAGAAGGUCUUAUCGUUUUAAGAUUCUGGUUGGUUUGAAGCGAGUUGUUUGGAAAUAUGCUGUCAAGAUUUGUAUUUAGGUAUAUCGGACGGAAUUUAGUCCGUGCCAUGACGAAAUUAUAGUAUUUUACUGGGAUGUUGCUGGCUAACCUCAAGUCGUUUUAUGAUGUGUAAAUUGAUUAUUAUCCUUACCGCUUUGAUUCUGUUUGCCCGCAAAAGUUUUUUAGGAAUCUACUUUUAAUUGUAGUGCAGAUAAGGUAGCAGAUCGAAUUACGAAUUGUAGCUUGUAUUAGGAUGAAGCUGAGGACUUUGUAGAUAUUUCUGCUUUUCCUAAUUUAAGACUGAUUGACUGGACUAUGUUUCGGUAUUGUGUUUGGAUUCUCAAGACUAAUUAACCCUUUGAGAAUUAACAGCAAUUCUCUUGUGAAAUGUCAGCAAAAUUAAGAAAAAACUGCCAAAUCCUCGCAAAAACUUGUCAUGAAGAACUUAUUCAAGUCAAUUGUGAUAUCAAGAUUCCUCAUCGAUAUUUCGACACUUGAGUAACAGAACUGUUACAAGAAAAUUGUUAUUUAUUCACAAAGGGUUAUAUGGUGCAGGGUUUACAUGAGGGCACUGCCCACAAGAUUUUGUGUCUACGAUCAUUAUAUACAACAAUUGUAUCAUCUAUCUCAUCUCUUCAUGAACAACAGCUGUAUAACUACAUGUAUACUCAUUCAACAUCGUAAUCGGCAGCAAUGUACCAAUAUUAUCAUAUGACAACAGUACUUGUAUAAAUCAGAUUUUACAUACACCAAGAUAGAAUUUGUUGCACCAUUAGACAAUUUUAUGUAUACACUGCAAUGUUAUUUACACCAGAUGGUUCAAGAAAGCCCAGGUCAUUCCAACAAGAUACAUGUGGCAGAUUCACCCAUGUAGAGAUAUCAGAUGGGACCGAGUUGAAACAGUGAUGUCCACUAAGUAUGAGUCGUAUUUUGAGGAAGAUUGUUUUGUAAGAAAACACCAAUGCUGUCCGUGCAAAACAAGGGAUAUAACACCACCCAGAUUUUAAAAACUUGUUCAAAAUAGCUAAAAUCAGGUUCUUACUUGAUGGACAUCUUUUGAAGAUAUUUAUAUGAUAAAAUCUACCAUUGUAAGUUCUAUUUACCUGGCCUACAUGUAGUAGCAUAUAUGAGAAUAUACUGUUGCAGAGCGCCAUCUUUAAUCAAAUCUGAGAAUCGGAACAUGAUGCCCUCUAACAAGCACGUAAUAUCUACGAAAUGUACUUGUAGGAUAUUCAUGAUUAUAUAUAUUAUGCAUCAUUGGCUGGUCAUUCAAGUCUCUCUAGAUUUCAGUCACGUUUUUAAAUGUAUUUAUAUUGUAGUAGACAGGAGACUGAUUUGAACCCAGGUGGCAUAGCCUGUAAUGCCACCAGCAUGCAACCUUUGCUUCCAGAAAUAAAGCAAUAUUCUUACCAAA